AGAACAAGAAACGACAUGUUUGCGAAAUCAGUGCUCUUAUUCCUAAUAUUAUUUCUAACAAGCGCGAGUUAUCAGCAAACCAGGACACUUGAAAAGUUUCAGGAAGUUUUCGCGUGGAAACAGUUAACUUACAACAUUUACGGGAAUGUGUUACUCGAAGACAGAUACGGCGAGGUUGAAGCCGCUCGCGAGAAGAGACGGGCUGACACGAUCGUGUUCAAUGACGACGAGGACGCUGCCACAGACUGGAGCAAGCUUUUCAUUGCAGGACCAGAUAGUAACAACAACGGUACGAGUACUGUUACUACAGUCAAUCCAAAUGAUGAAGCAGGAAAGUUUUUUGUUCAAUACAACAAUGUACCGAUGGGAGUUGAAAGAGUCGGUGAUAGAUUGUUCGUGACUGUACCACGGAGACGAUACGGUAUACCCUCCACCCUUAACUUUAUUGAUUUGAAAGAAACAAGGGACAGGUCGCCAGCAUUGCGGCCGUAUCCGAACUUGAGUGAGGCGAGGUCUCUGACGUCGGUGUACAGGACGCGAGCUGACGAAUGCGGUAGACUGUGGAUGGUCGACACGGGGCUACUGGAAAUACCAGACAACCCGAGCCAAUUGCAGCCGGCAGCGAUUGUGAUAUACGACCUGGAAACCAACACUCAGAUCAUGACAUAUCCCUUCAAGAGCUCCGACAUUCCAGCUGCGAACACACCGACAGGUCUAGCGUCAAUAACGAUAGACAUAAACGGAGACUGCGAGGACGCGUACGCGUAUGUCCCGGAUCUGACGACGUUCGGCGUAAUCGUCUAUUCGCUGAAGGAGAACGAUAGCUGGAGACAUUCUCACGCUUAUUUCUCUUUCAACCCAGUCGCUUCAACCUUGGACAUUGCUGGCGAGCGCUUCCAGUGGGACGACGGUGUGUUCAGCAUCACGUUGAGUGAGCGCGGAGCUGAUGGCUGCAGGACGGCGCUCUUCCAUCCCUUGAUCGGCACCGAGGAGUUCUCCGUCUCCACCUGCGUUUUGAAGAACCGCGCCGUGAGGCAGAGCAGGAACUACUUCAGCUUGUAUUCUCUGGUCGGCCGACGCGGUGACGCCAGUCAGUCGACGAUGCACGGCUACCACCAGGGCACGGGGACCGUGUUCUUCGCAGACGUCGGGCGUGACGCCGUUUCCUGCUGGAACACGGGCACUCUGUUAAACCCGUCUAACAUCGCCAUACUGGCGAGAGACCGGCAGAGAAUGAGUUACCCUUCAGAUCUGCAUGUGACCGGCGACGAAGUUUGGGUAAUGGCGAACACUCUGCCGAGGUUUGGAUAUUCAAGACUCAACACGAACGAAUACAACUUUUAUAUUUACAGAGGCAAUGUUUAUGAACUGAUCAAAAACACCGUAUGUGAGCCGCCGCAACUGUGAACACAUUGCAACAAAAUACGAAUGAUUUUAUACAAAAGUAUUAUAAUUAAAUAAAUUUAUAUUUUUUCAUA